CUGCGCCCAGCAGCUGCAGCAGGGGCAGAGGAUGCGGGGGCCCUGGGAGGGCAACGCCACCCCCCCGGGCCCCCCUCCUCGGCCCCCGGGCCCCUGGGACCUGCCCCGGCUGCCUCCGCACCUGGAGCCCCUGCACUACUCGCUGCUGCUCUGGCCGCCCCUGGGCCCCGGGCUCCCUCCGCCCCGCGCCCACGCCGGCACCCUGGCCCUCACCCUCCGCUGCCGACGCCCCACCGACACCCUCCUCCUCCACGGCCACGGACUCAGCCUCCGCCGACCUUCCCUCUGGGGGCCCCUCCGGGAGGGAGAAGCGGGAGAGGAGGAGGAGCCCCAGCCCCCGCCACUGGUCCCCCUGGAGGAGCUCUGGCAGGCCCCCCGGCACCAGUACUGGGUGCUCCAGCUGCGCCGCAACCUCAGCGCCGGGGCCCUCUACCGCCUCCGCCUGGCCUUCCAGGGCCAGCUCCAGAGCCAGCCCCACUUCCACGGCCUCUUCCUCAACGCCUACAAGGACCAGGGACGGGACAGAUUACUGAUUGCAUCACAACUACAACCAUUAGAUGCAAGGAAGGUUUAUCCAUGCUUUGAUGAGCCUGCUAUGAAAGCUACCUUUAAUAUAAGCAUUGUUCAUCAUCCAAAUUAUACAGCACUUUCCAACAUGCCAGCUAUAGAUGUGUCUGAAUAUAAGGAUGUGAAUGAGAGCACACUGAGUGCAUUGGUAAAUGAAACUACACCAGUUAAUUGGACGGUCACAACAUUUGGAACAACACCAAAAAUGUCCACAUAUCUCACUGCUUUUGUGGUCUGUGAGUUUGGUUAUGUCACCACAACUGAGAGGGGCAAUGAGAUACGCAUUUGGGCUAAGAAGGAUGCAAUUCAAAAGGGAUUUGCUGAAUAUGCUUUAAAUAUCACUGGACCAAUCUUUUCAUUUAUGGAAGAUUUAUUUAACAUCAGUUAUCCUCUUUCAAAAACAGAUUUGAUUGCACUACCUGACAUGGGAGCUGGUGCUAUGGAACACUGGGGACUAAUGACUUUCCAGGAAAGCUCUUUACUGUACCAGCCACAAGAUAGAUUCAUAGUGAAGAAGACGUGGAUUUCUCAAAUUGUUUCUCAUGAGAUAGGACAUCAGUGGUUUGGAAACCUAGUCACUAUGGAAUGGUGGAACGACUUAUGGCUUAAUGAGGGAUUUGCUUCGUAUCUUGAAUAUCUAGGAGCACAUUACAUUGACUCCACAGUGUCGCUGGACCAAAUCUUCAGCUCUUCUGUUUUGUUACCUAUGUUGGAGUGGGACUCUUUAAUAGAAAGCCAGUCUUUAUCAGACACACGUGAAAAACGUAAAGCAGAUGAAAUAAUACACCUGUUUGGUACAGUAACAUAUAAGAAGGGGGCUUCCAUUAUUCGGAUGCUUUCCAGCUUUUUGACUGAAACACUGUUUUUCAAAGCACUCCAUUCAUAUCUGAAUGAAUUUUCCUUUUCAAAUGCCAUCCAGGAUGAUCUCUGGAAUCAUAUUCAAAAGGUAAUAGAUGGACAAAAUGACAUCCAUUUGCCAGCAAGAGUAAAGGCUAUAAUGGACACUUGGACUUGCCAAGUUGGCUUCCCAGUUCUGACAGUAAAUUUCUCCACUGGGAAUAUCAGUCAAGAGCAAUUUUGGUCUGAAAAGGUUAAAAACAACACAAAUAACACUUGGAUAAUUCCAAUUUCUUGGAUACGAAAUGGAACUGUGCAGCCUUUAGUGUGGCUUAAUGAACGUAGCAAAAUAUUUCCUGAGAUGAAAAUGUCAGAUUCAGAAUAUGACUGGAUUAUUUUAAAUGUGAAUAUGACAGGGUACUAUAGGAUUAACUAUGAUCAAAUGUACUGGAGAAGAUUGGCCAAAGUCCUUGAAAAUGACCCAAAGGUGAUUCCUGUUGUCAACAGGUUACAGCUGAUGGCAGAUGCUUUUAAAAUGAGCUGGUCUGGUUACACUGAGUAUGAUACUCCAUUAUAUUUAACAAAGUACCUUGAAAAAGAAGAUGACAUCUUAGUGUGGAAUAUGGCACUGUAUAAUCUAGACAUUUUCAGCUGGGACCUUAUUCGGGAUGACUAUGAAUUAUAUCCAGUUUUAAAGAAAUACUUCAUACCACGGAUAUUACCAAUAUUUCAUCAUUAUGCAUCCCUCCUUCGUCAGGAUUUUAAUAGGACAGCUGACCAUAUUUCUAAAUACAAUAUAGAAAAAAUCCUUGCAACAGCAUGUUGGUUUGGGCACCGUGACUGUUUAAACUUAGUUUCUGACAUCUUCAACUGGAGAAUGAACCAUCCUGAACAUGAGGCUCCUGUGUGUUUGAGCAGAACUAUUUGUUGCUACGGUGUUCAGCAGGGCAGUGACAAAGAGUGGGACUUUUUACGGGAGCGACAAAAGCAGAAUGAUACUGAAGUAGAUGAAGAGUAUGAAAUAUAUUUUGCACUGGGCUGCACCCGUGAGCCAUGGCUACUUCAAAGAUUCUUACAGUCACUCCUUAACGAGUCAAUAAGUGAACCAUACUAUCUAAGAAAUGCAAUUCAAAAUGUGGCAAAAAAUGAAGUUGGCCAUCGGAUAGCAUGGAAAUUUGUAACAGACAACUGGGCACAUCUGUAUGCUAGGUAUGAAUUUAGAGUACUACGUGAUUUCAUGGAGUCUGUCGAUACUGAUGUAGAGGUCCAAAUGAUUCAGGGUUUUCUUAACAAUACGCUUGGGCCAGAACAAAGAAUAAAUGCAACUGAUAUUGUGCUAGAAGCAAAAUCUGCGAUAGAAAAAAGAAAAAAAUCAGUGAUUAAAAUGAUCAAGUGGCUAAAGAAAAAUAUUGAUAACUAACAGUAAAGAACAUUUCAGAAUAAUUAUUUUGGUUUCGUAGCAUCUUAUUAUUUUUUUUACACACUUUUAUUGUAUUGUAUUUGUAGAAAAUGGAAUGACACUUCAUGUUUCAAAUAAAAGUAAUCUUGUGAUAACACUGCCCAGAGAAGAGCAGGUUAUUUUGGCAACAAAAGUAUCACAUUUCAAUCCAAGACAUUACCAGCCAGAGCAUGUUUGCAUAUCUUAGUGGAUACUUGCUUUCUGUAGGAAUUCACUUUUAAAAUUUCGGUUUAAAUACGGUCUAAGCAUUUCUGGGCCUACGAAUAUCAUGAGCCAUAAACAAAAAGAACAAAGAGUAUUGCACUGAUCAAAAAUGAAGAAGCAGAUGCAAUAACAAACCAUUGCAUUUUAUGCUCUGUGACUAGUGUGCUGUGUGAUGUCACAUAUGAGAUAUACAGUUUCCUAAGUUCAUUUUCUUACCUUUCAAUGGCGAUGGUUAUAGUAGAGCCAUAUGUUCAGUUAGAACUGUACAACAUUACAGUAUUAUAAUCACUGCAGGCAGUGAUCUAGAGAAGUGCUAAAUUCAUUUUGUAUUUUAAUCCUAGAGAUCUUUCUACACCAACUACAUGUAAAGUUGCUUUAUAAUUUUUCUACAGAUUUUUACUUCACUGACUAUUUUUAGACCUAGUCAACAAUCAAGUAUAGCACUUGAGUCAUUAUUGUUCAAGCAACGCAUAGUUGUUUAUAUAAUAUGAAUGUAUUCAUUUGUAUAAAAAUGAAAUUGCACUGACAAAGAUCAGAGUACAGAAUGACCCUGAGUGACUUUAAGCAUUCUUACCCUUUUGCUGGAUUUUAGUCACAGAGUUUUGAAAACUAUUAUACAGAUGACUGGAAACACGGGAAAUUUCUUUGACGGAUUCCACUGUAUCUCCAAAGAAAACAAAAAGGCAAAAUUUUUGCCAUGUCUCAAGCCCCCUUUUUAUUGCUGUUAUGAUAUGAUAGACAUAUUUAGAGCAUUUCUACUAUACCUAGGGCAAACUCAUUCUCUGAACACAUAUCUUUAAUCAGAAUGUAACUAUCCAUACAUGAAACUGAGUUAUCAGCAGACAUAGGGAACACCUACGCUUACAAAAAUAAAAACAUACUGCUAGACCCCCGUUCUCCAAAGUAUACUUAUUAUUGUUAUUGCUAUUAUUAUUAUUAAAGUUUAUUUAUAAAGCACUGUAAAAUUUACACAGUGCUGAAAAUAAUACCACAGGGCUGUACAUGGAUUGAAACCCUGAACAAAGCUUUCCAAACUGCAACAUUUUGUUGCAGGUCCCACUUGUUGACCAAAAAUCUAUUGCAUAUGAGAAUUGUUAGUUGCAAAGUAUCCUGUUACAAGCUCACCUUUUCCAGAGUGAAAUGAAUAACUGAAGUUCAAAGAAAAUACGGUGGAUAUUCUGUUGAUAUUUCUUUCCUAAAUUCAGAGUAGUUUCUAUUUUUGAAUGGCUUGUUUGGCUUAAACCUCUCAAGGUAUCACAAAGAUCACAAGCAGUGUGUGUGCUUUGGGGAUGAGAACUAUGAACCUCAUCAGAUCAUUGGAACAUAUUGCACACUGGAAUAUAGAAUGUUAUUGACAUCCUUUUCCAAGCUUACAUGUAUUUUUUUGGUAUUUACUUAAUUAUGAUUUUAAUGAACAAAUAACUUUACUUGAAAAGACCAUUUAUAAAUAUUUACAAAAGCAAUUUGACAAAAAAUAUUUUCAAAUACCUAUAUGUCUGGGAGAAAGGUGGCAUAGAAAUGAAAUAAAAUACAGUAAAAUAAAUAAGAUAAAUAUUACUUAGUAGUGGUUUUGUUGCAGAUAGAUAGGUGAUGUUUUGUACUUCAUUUUCCCACAGCUGUUUGAUUUUUCAGGACAUUCUACAGCAUUAUUUUAGUUUAGAAAAGAGUAGUGGAGAUUUGGGAAGCCUUUGUAAGAAAAUGUUUUGACAGUCCUCCACAUUUGCAGCUUUGACUUUUGUGGAUUUGAUUAUUCACAGAUUUGAUUAAUAUGUUCUCUCUAGGAAUCUCUAGGUCCUCUACCAUGACUCUAUGGUCAA